AUGGAGUUUAAAGAAGUCGAUCUAGAAACGCCAGCUGGUACUUUGGCUGAUUCACUGGCGCAAAUAUUUAUGAUGACAACUAGAGACGAGCUGCGAAAGGAAGCAUACCGGAUGGUUGGUGUAGAGAAUAAUCGUGAUUUUGCUCUCGCUGUUGAGGCACGUCUCAACGAAUACUUCAAAAAUAAACAACGUAAACUGGACAGAAGGUCAAUUUUGAAAAUACGUGAAGAGAAGGAUGGUGCAAGUAUAAUUUUGGAACAUUUCUUGAAAACUGCAGGUUUACCUCCGGAUGCUGUGAAAAAGUUUAGCUCGAAGAAUUUAUGCGCUCGUAUUAAAAAGCUUGAGAAGACUGUAAAUCAAAGAAGCUUCGCAAAAAGUUAUCUGGUAGAGAUGAAAAAUAAUGACCCGUCGACCAUUUCUGGAUAUCAAGGUCCUAAUAAUUAUAAACGAAAGGAACUUGGUUCUGUUGAAGCUGGUCCACCUAUUAUUGGAGAUGAAUUUUCCGAUUCCAGCGAAGAUGAAGUUUCGAAUACAUUUUUAUCAAAGAAGCGAAGAUCAGUGUCCUUAUCUCGCAGCAGAUCAUUUCGUUUUUCAGAUCGUGGAUAUGUGUUACAUGCUGAAAUGGAUGUGGGAAAUGGAGUUGAAAGAAAGGAGAAUCUGAAGUCUUGCAACUAUUCAAUGAAUUUUGAUGAGUUUUCUGAUUUUAGUGAUGGAUGCGAGAAUGAAAGUCCUUUAAAGAUUGAUGUACUGAAAAGAAACAGAAAGAAUCAGUUACCAGCCUCUCUUGAUGCUGAAUUUUCAUCAUCCGAUGACACUGACUUUUCAUCAACUAAUGAUACUGAUUUCCCAUAG